AUGUUCUUUUUGAAAGAGCUUUCACACACUAUCUCGCUUCACCCAUCCUUCUUUGGGCCUAAUAUGCACGCACAGCUCAAGGACAAGUUGUACGCUGACGUGGAAGGAACAUGCUCUGGUCGCUUUGGAUACAUCAUCACGGUGGUAGCGCUCCUGAACAUCAGCAAAGGAAAAGUAUUGCCGGGAACGGGAUUGGCAGAGUUCAAAGUGAAAUACCAAGCCAUUGUAUUCAAGCCAUACAAGGGUGAAGUGGUGGAUGCCGUGGUUACGACCGUUAACAAAAUGGGCUUCUUUGCAGAUGUUGGACCGUUGCAAGUUUUUGUAUCGAACCAUCUUAUUCCAAAUGACAUGCAAUACGAUCCAAAUGGUAACCCUCCAUGCUACUCAUCUGAAGAUCAGACUAUACAGAAGGAUGUGCAGGUUCGGAUAAAGCUGGUGGGCACGCGUACGGAUGCUACCGAGAUUUUUGCAAUUGGGACCAUCAAGGAAGAUUACCUAGGAGUUAUUUCACCAUAA